AUGACAGUUUGAACGCGGGGAACACACUAUUGCACAUCUGCAUACAUGCACACACGUGCACACCCGGUCUUCUUAUUGUUGCUGCAGAAACAUGAACUUGAUCUAUCUAUCUAUCUAUCUAUCUAUCUAUCUAUCUAUCUAUCUAUCUAUCUAUCUAUCUAUCUAUCUAUCUAUCUAUCUAUCUAUCUAUCUAUCUAUCUAUCUAUCUAUCUAUCUAUCUAUCAAGGACGCACUUCAUUUUGCGCUCCAACACUUGAGACCACGUGACCAGCAGGCGCACAAAGCCUUAUAACCGCCCGCUCCCUCCAACACACACACACACGCACCCCACCGCCUUCCCGUCUCCCUGCCUUCCCUGCCCGGCUUUACUGUAUUUAACACACCACCAGUAUCCGGGGAGUCAACUCGGGAUCAUUCCCCCUGGUAAAUCAUCAGAAAAAAAAACCCUGCAAAUUUACUCCCUAGCUUUUCUUUUCCUUUCUUUUCUUCUUGGAGUUGCUGUCAUUGUUCGCGAAGAGUGAAGAGAACAAGAGCGCACUUCAGAGUUCAAUUAAUGUUUCGCGACAUGGAUCGAUGCAGGGUGUUUACAGCGAUAAAAUCAAGAUGUCCCUUUUAGUGUAACACUGUUUUACCGCACACCUCUCCACUGAGCUUCUCGGCAGUCAUGAAGCUGUCUUUGCACAGGAUAGCCGGCACCACGAUGAGCACAUUAACGACAGGUGUCCGCUACCUCGGCUCCAACGACGCCAGCUACGACGACUCCUCUGUGGACUCGAGCCUGAUCAAGAACGGACUCCGCUUUGAGAAAGCCCACUCUGCCUACAUCAGUAGCUCCGUCCCUGGGCUCGUCCCUGGGAGCAAGGAUGUCCUUUACAGCGCCAUCCCGCCCCUUUUUCCCACCAACAUGUCGGACAUUAUGAUGGGCAACGCCACCUCCGUGCAGGGCGGAGGAGCGGCCCAGUGCGGGGACAACUUUGUGGACAACAUGGAGUGUUUUAUGAUCCUCACUCCCGGCCAGCAGCUCGCCAUCGCCAUCUUGGCUCUCACCCUGGGUACGUUUACAGUGCUGGAGAACCUCAUGGUGCUGUGCGUGAUCCUGCACUCCCAAACUCUUCGAUCUCGGCCGUCCUACCACUUCAUAGGCAGCCUGGCGGUGGCGGACCUGAUAGGAAGCAUCAUAUUUGUGUACAGCUUCCUCGACUUUCAUGUCCUCCACCGGAAGGACAGCCCUAACGUUUUCCUCUUCAAGCUGGCCGGGGUCAUCGCCUCCUUCACUGCCUCUGUGGGCAGCCUGUUCCUCACCGCAAUCGACCGCUACAUCUCCAUACACAGGCCCAUGGCGUACAAGCGCAUCGUCACAAAGACUAAAGCGGUCAUCGCCUUCAGCAUGAUGUGGACCAUCUCCAUCGUUAUCUCACUGCUGCCGCUGCUCGGGUGGAACUGCAAACGCCUCGGCACUGUCUGCUCGGACAUUUUCCCGCUAAUUGACCAGAAGUACCUAAUGUUCUGGAUUGGAAUGACAAGUAUCUUGGUGUUAUUCAUCAUCUACGCCUACAUGUUUAUCCUGUGGAAGUCCCACCACCAUGCUGUCCGCAUGCUGAGCCGCAGCUCCCAGAGGAGCGUGAUUGUCUACACCGCAGAAGGCACCAAAGUGCAGACAGUGAGGCCUGAGCAGGCCCGCAUGGACCUGCGUCUGGCCAAAACCCUGGUCCUGAUCCUGGUGGCCCUCAUCAUCUGCUGGGGCCCGCUCCUCGCCAUCAUGGUUUACGACCUCUUCGGGAAGGUGAACGACUUCAUCAAGACCAUAUUUGCCUUUUGCAGCAUGCUCUGCCUGCUCAACUCCACCGUGAACCCUGUGAUCUACGCCAUGAGGAGCAAGGACCUGCGCCGGGCCUUCCUCAACAUCUGCCACGUGUGCCGGGGAGCGACGCAGCCCCUGGACAACAGCGCCGAGAGUGACUGGAACAGCAGGAGCGUGAGGGCCACGGCGAGUGUGGUGGUGAAGGACGGAGGCAGCUGCGGAAAGUCUCAAGUAAAAGUGGCCCAGGUUACGCUCUCCGGGGGAACUGACACUUCUGCAGCCGAGCCGGUCUAAAAGACGAGCGCCCCUUCUCUAGAACAACUGUGAAGUCAAGAUAGUGUAGAAUAGCCCUCAUCCUCUUAGUGCACUGCUCUGUGACUGUGAAACGUGCCAAAAGAUGACCUAGGUUCAGAGGAUUUUUAUUUUAUUUUUUUUCAUCUGAGCCAGUAAUAUCAUUGCACCAUUUGUUCUCUCUGUGUGGUGGGAUGUGGCAACUCUGAAAAUGCCGUAUUUAUUCUCUUACUUGGAAAUUGACUGACAAUGGGAAUUUUAUCUGAAUUACUUCACUAAAUACUAAAGUCCCAUUUUCAAGAGCCAGUUUGCACAGGUGCAUUUUUCUAUAACGAUGACUAGAAAGACAAAAGUGUGCAUUGUCGUUUUUGCUUAGAUUUGAAUGUGCAGAUUUCAGCUUUAAGGGAAAACAGUAUAUUGUAUGGCAAUGGUGAAACUGUGUCUCGUUCAUGCAAAAUAUCUGUUUUAAAAAAAAAGAAAAAAGACCUGAUUUGUUCCCGGAGGAUUUUGUAAGACCAUGACAUUGUGAAGUGUGUCAAGUUUAAUAAAGUCUUAUUUAUUUAUUUAUUUAUUUAUUUAUUCUGCAAAGAGGCAAACUUUGAAACAUGAAUGGCUUGAUGUGAUCUGCUGAUUUAUAAUGAUAAAACUGUUUAACAGCAUUUUGUGCAAAGCUAUACUACCAUACUCCUGUGAAGCAUCAGUUGUGCCAUUGUUACCCCCCAGCCCCACCCCCCACCCACGACAGUGUGUAUAAACAAGAACAAGCGUUCAGUAAAUAUGUGAAAUUUGUCUAUUUUUAUUCAUAAUUUUGUCAACGUGGCUGGUAUCCUUUUUCAAUAAAAUGAUGAAAACAG